UCACAAAGUAUCGAUAUGUGGUCGCAUCGAGUCGUUUGCCUCGCGUUCGCGGUCCUCUUGGCCAUGGGGUCGGCGGCCCCUCUGGACGAAUUCGGAGUAUUGCGCGAGUUCGACGACUCCCAGGAACGAUCCGGUCCACUAAGCGACUUUCUGAGAGAAGUGAAGCGGGCACCCGUAUUCGUCUAUCGCGGAAUCGGUCCAUCGGCCAAGUUUUUCGUUGACGAAGGUAUUCGUGCGGUCCGGAGGACCGGGAUUACGGAUCAGAAGCCCGGAAUGGGAAUCAAGAGCGCCGAUGGCAGCAAUAGGGAAGGUAUCGGCAAAAUGGCAUGCUUCUUCAAGAUCUGCACAUUCAGAACUGAAAUGUUGUGACGGCCUCGACGCGACAUGUGAAUCGUACAAUGGGCCAUCAAGCCAGUAGAUCAGAAAACUGACAGACAGCGCUCCUCCAUUCGGAUCCUCGUGAAUCUCUAGCGUAGUAACCGAAUAAAUUC